GACAUUCCAAGUGUACGUGAAAGCAUUGCCGUGAUGCAUGAUGGGAGCCGCAGCCAUGGCAACAUAUGGCAGCAGGAAAGAGACGGCACUUACUUUUUUAGCCCACAAAUAACUUCACGAAACGAACCUCCUCUGUUUAUCCUAACUUUCACAUUGUCUGCGUUCUUCGUCGUUUUAACGAACCAGGGCGGUUUUUGUCGGUGACUUGGCGAGGCACAGCACGUUUGGCCGUCGGCAUUAAAAGUAAAUGUUUAGUCGGCGGCCAUGUUUGUUAUGAAGCCUUCGAACGUGUUCAAAGUUGACGGCGUCGAUUAAAGUGACUCCCAGUCAUGUCCGGUGGGAAGCAGCCGGUGGACGGCCUGCUCCUCGGCGACCGCAGCCGUUCUUACGGUAGCCUGGUCCGGUGUAAUUUGUGCCCGGUUGGCAGCAGACUUGUAGAACAUCACAUCCAGCCCGGAGAAACCCUCCAAGGUCUAGCCCUGAAAUAUGGAGUAACUAUGGAACAAAUUCAAAGAGCCAACAGACUGUACACUAACGACUCCAUCUUCCUGAAGAAGUCUUUGUCCAUCCCUGUCCUCUCAGACGUGGAAGUUCACACUUCUGAUGAAGGUAAACCUUUGGGUGAGGAGGACACGCGAGAGGCGGCGGGACGGAAUUGUCCUAAAAACGGCCUUAUAGCGAGCCCCUCCGCCCGAGAGAAGAUGGCAGAGCUCACAACCAGGGAUUUUUUGACACAACUUGAUGGCUUCAUCAGCGAGUCCAAGCAGGCCGCAGUUAGAGGGUGGAAGGAUGCAGACAAAAGGGUUGCCGACCUGGAGGCAGUUUGUGUCAGCAGGGCCGGCCGGCGGCAGUCGCUUUCAGGACGGCGCCAUCAGUCAGUGCACGUGACGGUUCCGCUCACCACCACCAAGCUCACUAUGAAGCUGAGAGAACAAGAAGACGAGAUCUUUGAGUUGUGAACACUUCUUCCUCGCUAAACACUGCUGUCCUCGUUCUGCUGCAUAUGUGUGAAAGGCCCCGGAUGGUUUGAAGCACUUUCUUCUUUUUAAAUCUUUAUUUAUUAGCAGAGAUGGACACUGCGUUCCCAUUGCUAGUCAUGUGCUGACUAUCACCUGAUGGUCAUGAGACAUGCCUGAACUGUCACACACUCCUAACUUGCAAAACAAUAAUCAGCGCUGUUCCUAACUUAUUCACUUCAUUAGUUUGUUACACCACAAUAGAUUGAUUUAGUACUAAUAUAUGCAGUAUACAAAAGAUUGUGUUGUAUCACUGUAACUUUUGUAAAGUUUAUUAACUUAUGAAUUGCACUUUUUUACAUUUUGUCUUUCAUUUACAAUUCUUAUGUGGGACAAGAACAUGUUUUUUGUUAUGUAAUGCAUUCUAAAUCGUGAACAAACUAGCAAAAGUCAGCUAACAAUGGAGCUCAUGAGAUUAGUUCUGUUAUGUCAAUAAAGCGCUCUAAAGCCAUCCAAAAACCUCCGUUUUAAAAAACUUAAAACCAUUGAAGUUGGCACGUUGUGUAAAUCAUUAAUAAAAACAGAAUAUAAUUAUUUGCAAAUCUUUUUCAACCUAUAUUCAAUUGAAAAUACUGCAAAAACAAGAUAUUUAACGUUCGAACUGGAAAACUUUUAUUUUUUGCAAAUGUAAUCUAAUUUGGAAUUUGAUGCCUUCAAAAUGUUUCAAAAAAGCUGUAAUAAGUGGAAAAAAAGACUGAAAACGUUGAGGGAUGCUCAUCAAACACUUAUUUGGAACAUCCCACAGGUUCACAUGCUAAUUGGGAUCUGGUGGGUGCCAUUAUUGUGUAUGAAAGCAACUUCCAUGAAAUGCUCAGUCAUUCACAAACAAGGACGGGCCGAGGGUCCCCACUUUGUGAACAAAUGCGUGAGCAAAUUGUUUAAGAACAUUUGUCAACCAGCUAUUUCAGGGAAUUUAGCGAUUUCACCAUCCACGGUCUGUAAUAUCAACAAAAGGUUCAGAGAAUCUGGAGAAAUCACUGCUCAUAAGCAACUAGCCUGAAAACCAACAUUGAAUGCCCGUGACCUUUGAUCCCUCAGUCGGUAUUGCAUCAAAAACCAACAUCAGUGUGUAAAGGAUGUCACCACAUGGGCUCAGAAACACUUCAGAAAACCACUGUCAGUAAUUAGUUUGUCGCUACAUCCGUUUAUGCAAGUUAAAACUCUACUAUGCAAAGCGAAAGCCAUUUAUCAACAACACCCAGAAACGCCAGGGGCUUCGCUGGUGGGCCCGAGCUCAUCUAAGAAGGACUGAUGCAAAGUGGAAAAGUGUUCUGUGGGCUGAUGAGUCCACAUUUCAAAUGUUUUUUUGGAUACUUUGGACAUUGUGUGCUGUGGAACAAAGGCAAAAAAAAACAUCCGGACUGUUAUAGUGUGAGAGAGAGGUGGUGUAUUAGUGCCCAAGGCAUGGGUAACUCACACAUCUGUGAAGGCACCAUUGACGCUGAAAGGUACAUACAGGUUUUGGAGCAACAUAUGUUGCCAUCCAAUCAACGUUAUCAUGGACGCCCCUGCUUAUUUCAGCAAGACAGUGGCAAGCCACGUGUUACAACAGCGUGGCUUCACAGUAAAAGAGUGCGGGUACUUGACUGGCCUGUUUGUAGUCCAGACCUGUCUCCCUUUGAAAAUGUGUGGUGCAUAAUGAAGCCUAAAAUACCACAAAGGAGACCUCGGACUGUUGAACAACUUAAACUGUACAUCAAGCAAGAAUGGGAAAUAAUUCCACCUGAAAAGUUUUAAAAACUGGUCACCUCAGUUCCCAAACAUUUACUGAGUGUUGUUAAAAGGAAAGGCCAUGUAGCACUGUUGUAAAAAUGCCCUUGCGCCAACUUUUUUGCACUGCGUUGCUACCAUUAAAUUCUAAGUUAAUGAUUAUUUACAAAAAAAAAUGAGUUUCUCAGUUUGAACAUUAAAUAUCUUGUCUUUGCAGUCUAUUCAAUUGAAUAUAAGUUGAAAAGGAUUUGCAAAUCAUUGUAUACUGUUUUCAUUCACGAAUUGCACAACGUGCCAACUUCAAUGGUUUGGGGUUUUGUAUAUCAACGCUGUAAGUAUAUAUGUAAUGUUAUAAUAUGUACUUUCAUAAUAUAACAUGUUAUGUUUGCGCAUUUGGCUCUUUUUAAGCUAAUAUUUGCAAUUAAUUUAACAGAUGCAUCACAAAGUUCGCUUUCCCCUUCAACAGCAACACCACCACUUAUCAUAGCAGACUUCAUGGGAGACAACAAAAACGACUUUCUUUCUCGCCAUCUCCGGGUCCCAAGUUGGAUGUCAAAGUUGACCAACUUCUUCGUUUAUGUCCACAACCUUCUACUUUUCAGGUGAGAGGCAUGAUUUAUAAUCUAGAAUUAUCUUUUACCAACUCAGAGGUGAUGCAGCAUCUCACUAUGUCAAUAAAGCAGCUUAGAGUUAGACUUAGAAAAUCUUUAUUGUCCCCGAGGGGCAAUUUGGUUUGCAGCAGUAGUAAUAAAAAACAAGGUACAACAGUAAAAACAAAGUACAACAGUAAAAAAAAGGUACAUAUACAUAAAAUGCAUACAACAUACAAACCAUCAUGAAGGCGUUGAGCUAAAAACAUUUGUAAUACAAAUGUUUUUAGCAUAAACUGUCUAUCUGUGUUGGCCCUGUGAUGAGGUGGCGACUUGUCCAGGGUGUACCCCGCCUUCCGCCCGAUUCUAGCUGAUAGGCGGCAGGGACCCCAAAAGGGAAUAAGCGGUAGAAAAUGGAUGGAUGAUAGCUCUGUAAUCAAUGCGCAGGGGAAACUAAGUUUGUCUGCGUUAGCACUUUUUUUUUCUCCCCGAAUUAGAAUGCAUACAAAACAAACCCCUUGAGUUCUUGUCUUACAUAGGAAUUUGGAAUGAUCUGCCAAAAUCCAGAAAAAAAGUGCAUUUCCACUUUAAACCUGUUUUUCUUCAAACACAGUUGUACUAGCGUGUUUGUAACGUGAAAUAAACUAUUUAAUUACAUUUACCUAGGUACUUACAGAGUAGUUUUUUUGCAACAUAACUCAAAUGUUUUAAAAAUAUUUUAUAUAGCACCAUGUCAAAACAUUUGAGUGCCACUGUGAACAUAACCACACUUCUCACAUCCUUUGCUAAACUAUCAAUGUUAAAAAUGUGAUGUAACUGCAGUGUUGAAAUAAAUCAGCGUGUAUGUUAAGUUUUCCGAACUUUAAUUUAAGAGGCUAACAAAAAUGUGGCAUUUACCAUUUAGAAAUUUCAGGCACAUUAUGUAAAUCAGUGUUUCUUAACCAUUGUUGAACGGUGAGCGCCCCCUA